AACAAAUUCAGAGCUCACGAGUUGAAAUUUUCGACUCAGAAAGGGCUAUUCUAGAAAGACGCAGGUCAACAGUUUAUUCCUAUUUCUAUUAAAGAAUGGCCGAGUCAUCUUCGGAACACGCUAUGUUCAACGUGCUGAAAAGUGCAGUGGUCGAAGGGGGCACACCUAGAGCAGGCCGUCUAACGCUCCCGAAACGAAAACCAAUAGAUACGCCCAACUAUAUCGGUCUUUCAUCACGAGGAGCGAUCCCACAUAUGACACCAGAUGUCAUCUCCAAGCAUGUAGAGCUCGAUGGCUCAUAUAUGGCUUUAGAAGACUUUAUAGAAAAGUCUCAGAGGAGGGCCCAACCCGCCGUCUUUAACAUAGAUGUUGAUGGUAAAGAGGCUCUGCAUGCGUAUACCGCUACACCUACACCGCUGGCCAUAGUGCUUGGUGCCCGACGGCAUCCUGCAGUAAUUGCGCCUAUGGGGAACGGAAAAGACUAUGUCUCAGUUUACACAUCGACUGGCUUCCAGAAGUUGAAAAAUAGCGAACAUUACCAAGCUAUCGAGAAGCUGCAGCCAGACAUUGCAAUACCCCUUGCGGAUCUGACGUUUGGAAAUUCACAUAUUAGAACUAAGCUUCCAAAUCCGAAAAGGCAACUCCGAAUGGUGGAGAGAACAGAAGACUGGCUGUCCGAAUUCAUAAAACUAAGAAAUACUAAUGGUGAUAAUGAGACUACUAAACCCUCUUUAUUUGCGCCGCUGUUGCCGGUUGCCUAUCCGACGCAAUGGGAAUACUUAAACCGCCUAUCUCAGGACCAUAUCCAGCAUUUGUCUGGGCUUGCGGUGUACGAUGCGGAUAUCCUUCCGGACCUUAGCAAUCACGAGUCCCUUGGUUCGCUGCCUCGUAUUUCUAUGGACUUUAUAGCGUCGCCACAAGAGAUCCUCCGGCAAACUCGCUUAGGGAUUGAUAUAUUCACUGUAACAUUUCUUAACGCAGCCUCGGAUGCUGGAAUUGCCCUUACCUUCUCGUUCCCACCACCACCACCGGUAAAAACGGGUGCAUAUCCGCUGGGAAUAGACAUGUGGUCGCCAGAUCAUCAGGUAUCAUUGACGCCUCUCGCAAAUGGAUGCGAAUGCUACGCUUGCACCAGGCAUCAUCGCGCCUACCUCCAGCAUCUCCUAAACGCCAAGGAAAUGCUUGGAUGGACACUCCUCCAAAUCCACAAUUACCAUAUCUUGGGUGAGUUUUUCAAGGGUAUCCGAGCUGCGCUUAUCGCAGAACCCUUGACGUUCGAACGCGACUGUGAUAUCUUUUCCGAGGUUUAUGAACCCGUGCUUCCUAAAGGUACCGGUGAGAGGCCUCGAGCUCGAGGAUAUCAUUUUAAGACCGAAGGGGGACAGUCCAAGAUUAAUCAACCAGCUUGGGAGAAGUACGGCGAAGGUGGAACUGAAGACUCGACACUCGCCGGAGAGAUAGCAGGUCUGGCUGUAACAGGAGCCACCGCAGAGGGAGGAGAAACCCCACUCGUUCCCGAUGCUGAAACUGAUGCCGAUGAGUUGGAUAGGAAGGGGUUCGCUGAAAUUGACAAGUGAGCUCCUGUCUAUAGGUGAUGACUUCAACUUCUGCUACAAUUGAUGAUAGACUACGCGCUACGAUUAUGAUGCACCGUCAUUCGAUGAUAAGUAUAGCUACUCAAGUUGUGGGAUUCGGUUGCCGAGGUCGUUAUUCGGUGACCUCCGCCUCCUUGCCACACAAUUACUGGGGUUUGUUCCCGAGAACCUGGAACCGAGAUUCACAUCUGCAUGUAAUGAAUUGACAUCCUUAUUGGCCUAUUAUGUAGUAUCUAUAAAGGUAUUAAUAACCGCAGAUCAAACAAUUUAGGUUAAGCACUUUGGAAGAGGCAUACUAUAUGGCAGAGAAGUUAUCAUCCCUAGCGAUGCGCUUACAGGCGCCAAUCGUCUCCCGAGUAGUAAACUGCGUCUAAAAUAAAGGCAAUUGAGCAUUGCCCAGUAAUUUUUUGUAUGUAUGGCAUUGAUUAACUAUAUCUACAUAAUACAAUUAGUAAUACAAUCAGCCUAUCUCACGAUCAGAACAGCCUAUGUAAGUGCCAAU